GGAGCAGCCUCGUCCCCCGGGCCUGAGCGCCCACCUGCCGCCGCCAGCGGACUUCCCCGACGUGACCUGGGGAUUCCGGGUAUGAGUGCUCCGUAAAUAAGCGUUUGGAAUCGUGGACCUGAGACCUCGGGAGGUAAUGCUGGCCCAGUUUUGAGUUGCUUGGAGAGAGUGAAGAAACUAAAAAAUGGAGGACUUUUCUACCAGGACUUACGGCACCAGUGGCCUGGACAACAGACCUUUGUUCGGAGAGACGUCAGCCAAGGAUCGAAUCAUCCAUUUAGUUGUUGGCAGCUUAACAUCCUUAUUGAUUCUAGUAAGUAUCUUUAUUUUGUGCUUCCUCCAGACUCUCAGCCAAAGUUUUGAAAACUUCAGUAUUGUGGAUCAAGUAACGCUGAUCAGUGCUUUUGUUUUCCCUCAACUACCUCCAAAACCGUUGAAUAUAUUUUUUGCUGUCUGCAUCUCUUUGAGUAGUAUUACUGCCUGCAUACUCAUCUACUGGUAUCGGCAAGGAGACUUAGAACCGAAAUUUAGAAAUCUAAUUUACUAUAUCUUAUUUUCUAUCAUCAUGUUAUGUAUAUGUGCAAACUUGUACUUCCAUGAUGUGGGAAAGUGAGGCUGCCAAGGAGAAAAGGAGAAAUACUUACCAGGACUCUUCAAAGCUGUGUAUUAGGACUGUGAACAGAGCUGGAUAAGGUAUGCUGAAGAAUCUCCUGAAUCUCCUGUAGGAGCCUGAUACAUGAUUUUCAUGUUGAUUGUAAACCUGAAUUCCCUCUUGCAGGGGAGACAUAUCAUAGAUCACUCUGCUUUCAUUCCAACUCUUGAAGAUCAAACAGCACAAGUAAUUUUCACUUUUGAAAUUAAAUUUUUUAUAAUGUAAUUGCAUGGCGCAAAGGCUAUGUAACAAACAAAAUCUUGCAUUUUAAGACAAAUAUUCUUUUAUUUCUGUUAAAACUGAAUAUACAAUUAUUGUUCCCUAUGCAACCAACUUUUGCUUAUAACUACAAUUUAAUUUCACAUUAACAAAACACAUGGUGAAAAGACAACUUUGAUUGUGAAGAUCUAAUUACAAUAAUAAAUAAAAUAAUUUAUACAA